AUGGAUUCAUAUGAGGAGAGGGAGUCUUCUCCCAUGUUCAGAGACUGUCCCCGGUUUGAAGAGCUAAAAGACAAGAUUUCCAGCGAGUUAUUUGAGGUUAACGGCCGGGUCUCGACACUGAGGCAGUUCACCGAGUCCUUGUCUCGGUUCUUGGAUAAUUCUGACAUAGAUGUCAAUGCCAACGUUGUUCAAAACAUCAAUAAGAAGGCUUUAACUAAUAUAGAGGUGGUUAAUGAGCUUUUAAAGAAUGUAAACGAAGAUGUGAAAGAGAUUGACAACAUCGAGGACUCUGAGCUCGAUAAGCCACAAAUUAUAGCCAGAGACAAGCUAAUUAGAGACUCAAGAUUCUCAAUACAAGAAUCUCAAACAGCACAACAGCAGUUCUCGAAGAUUAUCAAGUCCAUAAAUGCGGAAGCAAGAGGCAAAUUGAAUGAAGAACAAAACUGGACAGCACUGUUACAAGAAGAUGAAGAAUCACAUCAGACAAAUAAUGAUAAUACAGCUCAACGUCAAGUGAACUUCGUUAUCGAGAGAGAACCUAUCAACAAUGAAGAGUUUGCUUAUCAGCAGAGGCUCAUUCAAGAAAGAGAUGAAGAGAUCACAAAUAUCGAGAGAGGUAUCACAGAGCUUAACGGUAUAUUCAAGGAUCUGGGGGCUGUAAUAACUCACCAAGGUAUGAUGGUCGAUAACAUAGAAGCCAACAUAUAUUCCGCAGUUGAAAAUACUGCAGGUGCAUCCCAAGAACUCAACAAAGCAAAUAGAAUGCAAAAACGUAGCAGCAGGUACUGCUUGUAUUUUCUGAUGAUACUUGUCGUGAUGCUAAUACUGAUGAUUUUAAUAGUAAUCUAG